CGAAUAGUAUUACGUCAUUCUUGUUUUCUAUACUUUUAUUUUGUAAAAUGCAAUUUAUAUACGGCAUUCAGUGUUGUGCAAUGAAAAUUUAAUAAUUUAACAUUUAUACUUUUCAUUUCAAUCAAGAUUUAUAACAGUAUUAAAAGGUGGUGCAUAGUGUUCAUUCAGAUCUUUGUGAAAUCAACAGAUAUUGACAAUCAAAAUGGCUGAUUGUCAAGAACAAGAAAAACCUGAUGAUCCCAUGAAGUUAUAUGAAUUUGAUGGUGAAUCAUAUAUUUAUAAGGAUCCUACAACUAAUGUAACAUAUAGGUUUGAUCAAGAGAAGAAUGAAUGGGUAGAGAAGAAAACUGAAGAAACAAAGGGCAAUGAUUCAAGCACUAACGAAGCUAAGCCUCAAGAAGGUGUAUUUGGUUUUGAAAAUGAUACUCAUACAUACACAGAUCCUAAUGAUGGCAGUGUAUACUUUUGGGAUAAGGAAAAAAAUGCCUGGUUCCCAAAGGUGGACGAUGAUUUCAUGGCAAGAUAUCAAAUGAGUUAUGGAUUUACUGAUUCAAGUACAACAGAAACCAAACCUGUACAGCAACCUGAAACAAAAAAGGCAGAAAAGGAAAAAAGGAAAGUAGAAGCAAAAAGAAAAGCUCAAGAGCCACCAACUUGGUUUGAAGUGGACGAAGCACAUAAUACUGCCAUUUAUGUGUCUGGUCUACCAUUGGAUAUCACUCUGCCUGAGCUCACAGAACUGUUCAGCAAAUGUGGUCUAAUCGCACGGGAUGAGAAAGGAAAGGACAAGAUCAAGUUGUACAGGGAUUCAAAUGGACAACCAAAGGGUGAUGCUCUCUGUAUCUACAUAAAGGUAGAAUCGGUGGAUUUGGCAUUAAAGAUCUUGGAUAAGUCGCAACUCAGGGGUAAAACGUUGUCUGUUCAGAGGGCAAAGUUUCAAAUGAAGGGAGAGGCGUACGAUCCAGCCUUGAAACCGAAACGGAAAAAAAAGGAUAAGGAACGACAGAAAAAAAUCCACGAAAAAUUAUUCGACUGGAGGCCAGAGCGUCCACUUGGUGAACCGGGAAAGCAUGAAAAAGUGGUGAUUAUAAAAAAUCUAUUCUCCCCGGAGGACUUUGACAAAGAAGUCGCCUUAUUGUUGGAAUACCAACAGGAUAUCAGAUCCGAGUGCCUAAAGUGCGGCGAUGUCCGAAAGGUUGUUAUUUACGAUAGACAUCCUGAAGGUGUUGCACAGGUGACAUUCCGAGAGCCAGCUGAGGCGCAAGCCUGUGUUCAGUUAUUGAACGGUCGUUGGUUCAGCCAGAGGAAAAUAUCGGCUGAAAUCUGGGAUGGCAAGACAAAAUACAAGGUUACAGAGACUGACGCGGAGAUCGAAGCCAGAAUUGCAAAAUGGGACAAGUUUCUGGAGGGCGAGGAGGAGAAGAAAGAGGCUGCCGCGAGGAACGAACAGCGUAGCAAUGAAAAAUCAAUGGCGGAGAAAUCUGAGGCUUUCCAAGGAAAAACGGAGCUUCCCGAAACGACGUUGAAAGCAUCAGCUGAGAAAACGGAAGCAUCCAACGUGGAGGAACCUCGGAAGAAGACGAAAACUGCGGAUGAAACGGAAACGUCGUCGAAUUCCGAUGAUUCUGACGAAGGGGAUAGAAAUAACCAGUAGAAUAGAGAAAUAUUUUAAUAAAAUGCAAUUCAUCAUUCGGGUGGAAAAAUGUUUUGAAAGAAUAAUUAAGUGUGUAACAUAACGUAUGCCUGUAAGGGCGAGGGCGCACUAUCGAGUUACCCCUUGGCUGCUCGACUUCAGAAUAAUUAAGUGUAACAUUACGAUCGCAAUUAGAAAACAGAGUACUUUUUUUCCAGGUUACGAGGUAAUUGCUUGUAAUUUCUCAUUGUUGAUGACACUGAGUAUCAUUAUACUAGUUGCGCCGUAAGAUGUUGCUGUUAUUUGGAUGAAAUAAAAGAAAAUAACUUUCUCU